GUCCUUAUAAAAUAGGCCAGUGUCCUAAAUAUGAUAUAACAACAUAUUAACAGGCUUACGAUAACGCCAGUAUAACCCUGUUGAUGAGACGCUAAACGUUUGUUUGAUGUAUGGAGUAUAUUUUUUAUAAACGUUCAACACAUUAAAUAAUAAUAUUUAUCGAAUCUUCCUAUAGUUACACCUUUGAUUAUGCUAGGGGUAAGACAAAUGUCAUGAAAACGCAAAUGUAUGGUAAAGUAUAACCAAAUAUGGCCAUCUGACCAGUUUUAAUCUGGUCAGUUGUACUGUGCUAUCAAUGGAGUUCUUGGCAAUCGCACUGGUAGCCCCGGCAGUAGCGAGGCUCCAAACACAUGGAAGACAGCCCUUUACUCUACGCAAUAACAAUGGCGAUUUUGUUUACUCUAGACAUGAAGGCAAUAUUCCCGAAUGCUUCAUUGGAUGCCAUAGCUCGCCACAUUCUAUCCAAAGAAGAUAUUAUAGUGGCGUGAAACCAAAAAGAAGGGGAUAUCAUCUAGGAGCCGAUACUGGAACCAAGCCCAGAGGACCACUAACAAUAACUAGCAAUCAUGGAUUAUUAGGUCGAUUUUGGAAAAAACUAAAGGGGUUUUUCGUAAACGCAAAGAAGAAAGGUUCACGUAUAGGUAAUGAUAAAAGUAAAUUACCAAUCCAAACUGUGAGGCAAUUGCCUACAAUGGGAUUAGGUAUUCCGGUGUCUAUAGUCGAAAAUGAAUUGGAUAGUACUGAGGAAGCUUCGCCAUAUAUGCAACUUGUGCAUACAUCACCUUCAAACAUUAUUGCACAAUUCGUAGAUCAGGCACCAUCUAGAGUCAAGGAAGCAGUGAAAAGCACAGUAGGGGCAUUGGUAGGAUCCAUAUAUAGGUAUUGUCUGGAAACUACCAUGAUUACAACAACAGAAAGGAUAGCUUCACUAGUCCAAAGUAUGCAAAUGACCGGAUAUAUGCUAUGGAACGCUGAAUGCAGAUGCUGUCUAUCGCAGCAAUUACAAAACGACGUAGCACAAUCACUGGUAAAAGACGUUAUCACGGAUGAAUAUGCCAGCCCGGGGCUACAGCUGAAAGAACAAUUGCCGAAUCACUCCAAUAGAGAAGGGCUAUUAUGGUACAUCAAAAAUAUGCCAAAUGAAACAGCCAAUGCUCUGCUAGAUAAUAUAACAACUGAUGUCAUGGACGCAAUGCAAAAGUCAGUGGAUAUAGUAGUAGAAUCACUCAUAGGUAUGGUAACGUCACAAAAACCGACGCCCAUGGGACCACAGAACACGGGUGUCAUUCCAAAAAUUAUAAUACAACAAACUGGAUCGUCAUGCGUACAGUUGUGCUUUUGGCAACUGGCACUAGGCUACUGCCUUAGGCAACAGGAAGCUAAACUAGAAUUGCAAAGAACACUUAAUGAUAGUUAAUAGCUAAAUAGCUAUCUUGCGCUUCUUAGAUUCAUUC